AUCUCCAUUCCCAGCCAGGGCUGUGGAUGCUCUGCAGGGUACAGCUCCGUAAGGAAUUCUGUUCUGCUGCUUCUGAAUCAUCUGGGAUUGAGCCUUGUACUGCACAGCGCUGAGCCAGUUUCUGCAGGUUCAUCUUUCUUUCUGAUAAUGUUCUUUGUUCUCUGAAAGUGGCAGAAAAUCUAGGACUGCACUAAAAUGGGAUUUUGGAAAGUAUUUCUCGCCUGCGUGCUUGGCAGCUACUCAGUCAAUGUCUCAGCUUCUCAGAAAACAGUGUGCACAGAGGCCAGUAUUGCAGAUAUUGUAUUCCUUAUGGAUGGAUCCUGGAGCAUCGGAACGGAAAACUUUAUCACAAUGAAGAACUUUUUGUACACUUUGGUUAAUGGUUUUGAUGUUGGCCUAGAUAAGAUCCAGAUUGGCCUAAUCCAGUACAGUGAUAAUGCACGUACAGAAUUCUUCCUAAACAGUUACAGUAACAAAGAAGAUGUUUUGAAAUAUAUUCAGAAUCUAAAGUAUAAAGGGGGUGGGACAAAGACUGGCUUAAGUCUGGAGUUCAUGCUGACGCAGCACUUUAGUGAAGCUGCAGGCAGCAGAGCAGCAGAAGGUGUGCCUCAGAUUGCAGUCGUUAUAACUGAUGGACAAGCUCAAGAUAGCAUCAGGGAGCCUGCCAUUGCAGUGAAGAACGCUGGAAUCAUACUGUAUGCCAUUGGCAUUAAAGAUGCAGUUUUAUCUGAGCUUAAUGAAAUAGCCAGUGAUCCAGAUGACAAACAUGUUUAUAGCGUUGCAGACUUUAAUGCACUGCAAAGUAUUUCCCAAAACAUGAUCCAGGUGCUCUGCACAACUGUAGAAGAAGCAGCAAGACAGACAGGUCAAAUUGCUCAAGUUUGCAGAACUGCCAAUCAAGCUGACAUUGUGCUGCUAGUCGAAAGCACAACAAGAAUGGGUGACGCUACUUUUGAAAAAGCAAAGAAUUUUCUUUAUGAUUUAGUUUCUAAUUUGGAUGUUGGAAUUAAUAAGAUUCGCAUUGGGCUUGUAACCUACAAUGAUGAGACAAAUCCAGAAUUUUUGCUAAACAGCUAUUCUUCGAAAACUGAAAUCUUAGAAAGUAUUCAGAAUAUGAAAUAUGUAGAAGGAUAUACCUACACAGGGAGAGCCCUUGAGUAUGUAAAUACAACCUACUUUACACAGGCAGCAGGCAGUAGAUUUGAAGAGAGCGUCGCUCAAAUUCUUAUCAUUGUGACAGAAGGAGACUCUUCAGAUACCCUCACUGAGCCUGCUAAAGAACUCAAAUCAAGAGGCAUAUCUGUUUAUGUGGUUGGGACAAACAUCAAGUACGAUAGACAGCUUCAGGAAGCAUCAAGCAAGCCCGACGAAAAGUUCUUUUAUCAACUCGAUGAUUUUGAUGACUCUGAGAAUGUCACUGAGCAGCUGUUAAAAAACCUGUGCUUUAGCAUAGAUUUGAAUAUUCAAGUAUAUUCAAAGCGCUACGCUGAUGUUGUAUUUCUAGUCGAUUCUUCUACAAGCAUGGGAACCAUCUUUUUUCAAAAGAUGAAGGAUUUCAUCAUACACAUAAUAAACCAGUUAAAUGUUGGAAUAAAUAAACACCGUAUAGGACUGGCACAGUACAGUGGUCUACCCCAAACUGAAUUUCUACUGAAUCAUUAUGAAACCAAAGAGGAGAUACUAAAGCACAUUAAGGAAACAUUCACAUACAGAGGUGGCCCCUUAAAAACAGGACAUGCUUUGGAAUUUGUACGCUCAACAUUUUUCAUAGAAGAGGCUGGGAGUAGGAUUAACUACGGCAACCCCCAGUUCUUAGUGGUCAUAACAUCAUCAAAAUCAGAGGAUGCUGUUAGAAGACAUGCCGAGGAACUCAAAAGUGUUGGGGUCACAACCAUCUCUGUUGGCAUUGGCAAUUCUGAUCGAAAAGAACUGGAAAAAAUUGCUACUGAUCCUUUUGUUUUCCAGACCACAGGUUUACAGCACAUUUCAAAUUUACAGCAGGAUGUGGCCAAUGUUAUUAUAGCAGAAGACAUGCUACAGUUUUCCCCAGUAUCAGUUGUACCAGCAGUUUGCUCCAGUGCUUCUGUAGCUGACAUUGUGUUUCUAAUUGAUGAAUCUAGCAGCAUUGGCCCCAUCAACUUUCAACUAACCAGAGUCUUUCUACACAAGGUUGUUAGUGCACUGGAUAUUUCCUUGAGUAAUGUUAGAGUGGGCUUAGUGCUUUACAGUGAUGAGCCAAGACUUGAACUUAAACUGAACACUUUUAAUGAAAAAUAUGAAAUUUUGGACUUCAUAACUAAGCUGCCAUACAGAGGAGGCAAAGCACAUACAGGUGCUGCGCUGGACUUUCUAAGGAAAAAAAUGUUCACCAAACAAAAUGGCGGCCGGCCACAUCAAGGAGUUCAGCAGAUAGCGGUGGUUAUGACUAAUGGGCAGUCCAUGGAUAAUUUUACUAAACCUGCUGCAAAACUGAGACGGUCUGGCGUGGAGGUUUUUGCUGUUGGCUUUCAGAAUAUCAAUGAUACAGAACUGGAUAUCAUAGCAUCUCACCCACCGCGAAAACAUGUCACAAAUGUGGAAUCUUUCCUGCAGCUAUCCAACCUUGAGUUCAGAAUACAGAAACGACUUUGCAAUGAAAUUGUUGUGAAGUCAUUUGCAGUACCUGCAAUUGCUCGUGCAGUGAAGGAAGGGUGUGUGGAUACAGAAGAAGCAGAUAUAUACUUUCUAAUUGAUGGUUCUGGCAGUAUAUAUCCAGAGGACUUUGAAGAUAUGAAAAAAUUCAUGAUUGAAUUAAUAAGCAUGUUUCAAGUUGGUGCCAACAGAGUACGCUUUGGAGUUGUCCAAUACUCAGAUGUUCGUAGAACUGAAUUUUUCAUCAGUGAACACAACACCCAGAAAAUGUUAAAGGAUGCUAUUUCUCAAAUAGAACAGUUGGGCGGUGGUACCCUAACAGGAGAAGCUUUAACGUCAAUGAAGCAACUUUUUGUUAAUGCAGCUAAAGAUCGCCCUCAUAAAGUACCCCAGUCAUUGGUUGUCAUUACAGAUGGAGAAUCUCAAGACCGGGUCACAGAAGCAGCUGCAGAAAUUAGAAAUGAUGGCAUUACUAUAUUUGCAAUUGGUGUUAAAAAUGCAGUGGAAGAAGAGAUUAGAGAUAUAGCAGGGUCAAAUGAGAAGAUGUUUUUUGUUAACAACUUUGAUUCCCUGAAGGUGAUCAAGAAUGAUUUGGCUCGUGAAUUGUGUACACCUGAGGCAUGUAAGAACAUGAAAGCUGAUAUCGUGUUUCUGGUUGAUAGCUCUGCAAGCAUUAACAGUGAUGAUUAUGAAACAAUGAAAGAAUUCAUGGAGUCAAUGGUCAAGCAGGCAGAAAUCGGCCCUGAUAGAGUCCAGAUUGGUUUAAUUCAGUUUAGCUCUGAAACAAAGGAAGAAUUUCCUCUCAACAGGUACAAAAGAAAGGAUGAAAUACAAUCAGCAAUAAGAGGCAUCCAACAACUGAGCCAGGGAACCCUUAUGGGGGAAGCCCUUAAAUAUACAUUACCUUAUUUUAGUGCUUCCAAAGGAGGCCGUGUAAAUACCAAACAAUAUCUGAUCGUCAUAACAGAUGGUGAGGCCCAGGAUGCUGUGGGAAACCCAGCCAAAGCAAUAAGGGACCAUGGAGUUAUCAUUUAUGCCAUAGGAGUACAACAAGCCAACAACACACAACUUCUGGAGAUUGCUGGCAAACAAGAGCAGGUGUAUUAUGAAGAUAGCUUUGAUUCCCUAGCUUUUUUGAACAAGAACAUCAUGUUUGAGAUUUGCAAUCCUCAAGAAUCUUGCAAAAAGACUGAGGUGGCAGACAUCAUAUUUCUGUUGGAUGCUUCUGCAAGCAUAACCAGAGGAGAGUUUAGACUCAUGCAGAGAUUUGUGGAGGCUGUUGUCAAUGACUCUUUGGUUGGAAAGGAUAAUGUUCAAUUUGGAGCAGUUGUUUACGGCACAAAUCCAGCAGAACAGUUUUCACUCAAUACGUAUUCAACUAAACUUGAUAUUCUUAAGGCUGUAUUUAGUUUACCCCAAGUAUCUGGAUACACAUACACUGCAAAAGCGCUGGAAUACACUCGGAUACGGUUUGGUACAUCAUAUGGUGGAAGACCAGGAAUUUCACAUAUUCUAAUUCUAGUCACAGAUGGAGCCACUACUGAAGCUGAUCGCCCUAACCUACCAAUAGUAUCAAAGGCUUUGAAGGAUGAUGGCAUCAUUGUCUUUGCAGUAGGAGUUGGCAAGGCAGUUCCUCAAGAGCUUCAGCAGAUUGCAGGAUACCCAGACAGAUGGUUCUUAGUCCAGAACUACAAAGGCCUGGACAAUAUACAUGAUAAUAUAACACAGGUUGUAUGUGAUGAAUCAAAACCAGCUUGCUCACAUGAACAGCUUGAUCUUGUUUUCCUGAUUGACGGCUCAGCAAGUAUCACUUCUAGCAACUUCACAAGUGCCAAGACUUUCAUGAAAGAAAUCGUUGACAGCUUUACAAUUUCAGAGAACAGAGUGCGUAUUGGAGUCGCACAGUACAGUGCAAAUCCCAAGAAAGAAUUCUUCUUAAAUGAGUACUACUCCAGCUCCGACAUGAAGAAACAGAUUGAUAGCAUCUCCCAACUGAAAGCUACCACUUACACUGGCAAAGGCCUACGAUUUGUCAAACAGUUCUUUGAUCCAGCAAAUGGCGGCCGUAAGAAUGUUCCGCAGUACCUGAUAGUCAUGACUGAUGGCAUGUCUAAUGACAGCGUAAAUGAAGAUGCUGCUGCUUUGCGAAGCAGUGGAGUAAAGAUCUUUUCCAUUGGUAUUGGUCUGCGGAACAGUUUUGAGCUUGUUAUGAUUGCCGGGUCACCCAAAAAUGUUUACGAAGUGGAAACGUUCCAAGCGCUGGACUCUAUAAAGAGGCAGAUUGUGGCACAAGUCUGUGAGCCAUCUGAUCAGCCUAUUAUAGGUAAAGAAUGCAGCUUAGAUAUCACCAUAUCCGUUGACUACUCAAGAAGAGCAAUGCUAUCUACUGUCCCCCGUGUGCAGCAGAAAUUGCAGCAGUUCCUCCCUCCGGUGCUUCAGCGCAUUUCCUCGCUUAGCAAUAUCAGCUGUGCCUCUGGAUCUCAAAUUAACUUACGCUUCAGAUACGCUGUUGCAGCACAGGACAGACUGACAUUUGAUUCCGACUUUGAGAAAUUUAACGAGGACAUCAUUAAGAAGUUUAUAGCUGAACAGUCUUCUGUUGAUACAUAUUUAAAUGCAAAGUUUCUUCAGUCCCUCUGGAACAAAUACAUAGGUUUGCCGUCUCAGAAAGCAAAAAUUAUUCUGGUUUUUACUGAUGGACUGGAUGAAAGUUCUGAAGUACUCAAGGCGACUACUGAAUCUCUUCGGAAACAAGGGUUGGAUGCACUGUUAUUCAUUGCUCUUGAGGGGGUGAAGGAUUUUACAGAGCUGCAAAACUUAGAGUUUGGAAGAGGAUUUUCUUACCAGCAACCUCUGAGCAUUGCGCUGCAUGAUCUGCCAAGUGUAAUGCUAAAAGAAAUGGAUACCGUUGCAGAAAGGAAAUGCUGUAAUGUAGUUUGUAAAUGUUUAGGACAAGAUGGACCUCUAGGCUCACCAGGGGCUUUAGGAACAAAGGGUCAGCCUGGUAUAAAGGGAUCUCAAGGUCAUCCUGGAGAGGAAGGCGGUCAUGGUGAAAGAGGAUUCCGUGGGCUGAAUGGGACAAGAGGCGAAAGUGGAUGUCCUGGUCGUAGGGGAUUAAAGGGUGCCAGAGGUAUUCGUGGUGACAAGGGUGAUGAUGGAGAGUUUGGAAUUGAUGGUGUGCCUGGAGAGCAGGGUGAACCUGGAGGGCGUGGAGCAUCAGGAGAACGUGGAGACACUGGAGCUCAGGGCAGAAAAGGUCCUCGUGGGCAACCUGGAGAAAAAGGGGAAAAUGGACUGAGGGGAGACCCAGGUGAGCCUGGAACUAACAUUAACAUUCAGGGACCUAUAGGACUGAAAGGAAACCCAGGACGUCAGGGAGAGGCGGGAAGUGACGGUGUGGAAGGAGAGCCAGGAAAUAAUGGACCUAAUGGUCCACAAGGCCGAAGAGGGCCUCCUGGUUUAAAGGGAGCACGAGGAUUUCCUGGAGAGCCAGGGAACAAAGGUGAUAGUGGAAUCCAAGGUAUACAGGGUUCCCAAGGCAUGCCUGGACCACCAGGUCCACAGGGACCACAAGGGUUAUCUGGACGUCAGGGAGAUGCAGGUGCCCCUGGUGCAUCAGGUUCCUUUGGCAAACCCGGAGCUCCAGGACUAAAGGGGGAACCUGGAGAAAACGGAGAGAAGGGUGAGCCAGGCAUUCCGGGUCGCAGAGGUUUGCCAGGGCUGGAUGGUCCUGAUGGAUAUGGUCCCCCAGGCUUAAAGGGAGAGAAGGGUCAUUUAGGGUUUCCUGGGGAUCCUGGGCCUCAGGGAGAAGAUGGUGAUCCUGGAAUAGCUGGAAAUGGUGGCCCAAAAGGAAUUAGUGGAAGAAGGGGUAAUUCUGGCCCUCCAGGAACUAAUGGACAAAGGGGUGAGAGGGGACCACGUGGACCUAUGGGCGCCAAAGGAUUGCCAGGAACUAUGCCUAUGACGCCUUGUGAACUUGUGGCGUUUACUCGAGAGAAUUGUCCUUGCUUCGCAAGUGCUUCAAAAUGUCCAGUUUACCCAACUGAAAUAGUGUUUGCUCUGGAUGCAUCUCAGGACGUUCCCCCGGCUGCUUUCCAAAGGAUGAAGAACACCAUUAUUUCCAUAAUAGAAAAGCUGGACAUUAGUGAGAGCAAUUGCCCUAGAGGAGCCCGUGUUGCUGUCGUUGCGUAUAACAGUAAUACCAAAUACCUCAUUCGUUUCUCUGACUACAAACGGAAAAGCCUACUGCUGGAAGCAAUUCGUGGCAUCUCUCCAGAAAGAUCAUCUUCAAGGAGAAAUAUUGGAGAAGCCAUGAAGUUUGUAGGGAGGAACAUAUUCAAACGCAUUCGUCAUGGAAUCCAUGUUAGAAAAGUGGCUGUGUUCUUUGCUAAUGGCCCAUCCCCAGAUGCAGAUGCAAUAAACUCGGCAGUGCUGGAAUACAGUGCUCUUGACAUUAUUCCUAUUGUGAUUGCAUUUAAUAAUGUUCCCAAUGUCGUAGCAGCUUUUUCGGCCGACGAAACUAGAAGAUUCCAAGUGUUUGUAUGGAGUAGGCCUGAGGAUCAGAGACUAGAACUUAUUUCUUAUUGUACUCUUUGUUAUGAUAAGUGUACACCUGAUGAAGAAUGUGAGCUGGAUCAAAUGCCUGCAACCCUAAUAGAUAUGGACAUAGCUUUUGUAUUAGACAGUUCACACAAUGUGCAAGCUGAUGUCUUUGAGGAAAUGAAAGACUUUGUGAGCAGUAUGCUGGACACCGUCUACAUAUCAACGCGGCCCGCAGUUUCUGAAACAGAAGCCAGAGUUGCCUUAGUACAACAGGCAGUUAAGGACUUUGGUCCAAAUAGGAAUACUAGCCCAGUUAAAACUGAGUUCGACCUUCUUCGCUACAACAGCGCAAAUAUGAUGAAGAGGCACAUCAAACAAUCUGUCAGGCAACUGAAUGGUCCUUCUGCAGUUGGCAAUUCUGUUCAGUGGGUCAUUGAUAAUAUCUUCUUAAAAACACCAAUGCCAAGAAAGCAUAAAGUACUUUUCCUCAUUCUUGCCAGCCCAACAAGCUAUUGGGACAGAGAAAAAUUGAAAGAAGUCUCCAAAAAAGCUAAGUGUCAAGGAUUUGCAAUAUUUGUACUGGGUUUUGGAAAAACGAUAAGUGAGCUGGAAAUGACACAGCUGCCGAGCUUGCCACAAGACCAACAUUUGCUUCGCUUGAUAAGCAUGUCAAAACCAGAACUUGUCUAUGCAAAGAAGUUCAGUCAUGCCUUCUUCAAUCUACUCGACCGUGGCUUUAAUCACUACCCACCCGCAGUAUUGCAAGCAGAGUGCCAAGGGCGUGGGGACUCAUCUUUUUCAGUUGUAAGAAGCUUCCCUGACACACGGUUGACACAAGUUGACACUGCUGCAGCAGAAGUUCCAGAUGAGACUAUAGAAGUAGUGGAGGUCCUUGGUACACCUGCACCUGAAGAAAUUGUGGGGAAAAAAACAGAGAAAAUAAUCAUAAACAAAGUUGCAGACAACUGCUUAUUGGAUGUGAACCAUGGCACAGCGUGCAGGGGCUAUCAGCGCAUGUGGUAUUAUAUAAAAUCUAUUGAUGCAUGCUCCCAGUUCUGGUAUGGAGGUUGUGAUGGUAAUGGAAACAGAUUUAGCUCUGAAACUGAGUGUCUGCAAACUUGCUCUUCCAAAAGUAAAAAAGCUAAUGGGGAAGUGCGGAGCCUUAAGAAAGAUGUCUGUACAAUGAAACAAGAGGAAGGAAAAUGUGCAGAUUACAUCCUCAAGUGGUCCUACAACCAAGGCAAAAAAGCUUGUGUGCAGUUCUGGUACGGUGGCUGUGGAGGAAAUGGCAAUCGUUUUGACACACAGGAACAGUGUGAAGCCACCUGCAUGUCAUGAUCUUGUGACUCAGAGAGGCGCCUGUUGUUAUUAACCAUGUUUACUUAGUGGGAAUCAAAGCAAAUCACUAUAAAUUAUUGAAGUAUUAAUGUGCCAUAUAAGGGCUAAGACACACAGAGUUACUUGUUGCGGCUACAAAAUGACAGAAAAAACCCUGCCAUAGACAAUACUGAGAACUGUCUUUGCUAAAACACUCGUAGGGACAAUUAUCACUUUUGUCUAUUUUGUAGCCACGACAAGUAUCUGGCUACAAGUACCUCCGUGUGUCAUUACCCUUACUGUUCGAUUGUCCAGUAAUCAGUCAGAGCUGUUUUAUUCUGUCAUGUUAAGAACUUAAAAAUACCUCAAAACCAGUGAAAGAAAAGCAUUCCACUUUUGUAUGGUACAUAAGCAUUGUCUGGGGUGGCUUAUGAGUAAAAAUGAGUUCACUUGCCUAUUAUGUGCAAAGCAGCUUGUGCCUUGGUUAGUAUGUACCUUGAGUACAAUGCUCAUCCUUUUCCCCAGCUCAAACAGGAAACUGGCCAAACACUUGAACUGACCAAUCACCAACAUUGUAAAAUAGCAAGUAAAGACUUUAUAUAUCUGCUGUGGCUAAACAGGUAUGAGUUGUACUUUUUAGAUAUUGAGAAUUUUAAGCAGAUAUAUAUAUCAACAUAGCAUUUUACUCAUAAAUCACUCAUGUAUUGAUUUUUAUCAGCUCUUUAUUAUACCACAUUGUCAGCACAUUUACUAGUAGAUAGUUUCUCUACUAGUUGCUAAGAGGCCACUCCCCCCCCCUAUCAGUAUGGCACAGAAGGCCUAUAUUGACUGACUCAAAAAAAGGUUUCUAGUUGAAACCAGUUAGAGGAGUGUCCAUUAAGGGCAAUAACACACAGGGAGAUUUGUUGUCUGCAUUAAAAUUCUCUACUGCAGGUGACAAAUCUCCAAAAUGCCUUGGCCCUUUGCUAAUAUUGUAAUUGCUGCUAAUAAAUUACAUCACUCAAGGUGAUUUGGCUUAAUUGCAGGAAAAUGCAAAAUCAGGCAAUAGUGACCGACUCCAAUGCUGGAGAGGUCAGCGCAGUGUGAGUGGGGGAUGUGGCAGCAGCACCAGAAAUACCUGUGAGGCUGAGAAACAAAGAGUUAAAUUCUCCUGCUCCUCUGGGAAUAUGAAGCAGAGCCUUUUGGUCAGGUCACAUCACAAACUGAAGUCUGACUUCUCUUGUCAUACAACAAGCUCCCCCAAUCACUCCCUUCCUUCCCCAGAAUGUAUCACUGAAGAUAUUUGGUUAGUUCAUGCUGUUUAGGAUAUAAAAUUAUGCAAGUUAUUUAGAAGCACCCCCACAUCCUCCUCUCCCUCCCCCAGCAUAUUGCCAUAGACAUUCACCUCCCUAGUUCUGCUUAGGAUUGCAUUGGCCAAACUUAGCUGCUUACUUUUACAUCUGCCCCCAGCAUCUAUUGCCCAAGACAUCAGAAGAGGUUACUUUCUGUAAAAAUUGGGAACUAAUAGGAGAAAAACCAUGCAAAUUAGCAGAUAAGAUGCAGACAUGUGAGAUACAUUUUUAAGCUCUAGAGACCUGUUCAGGUCUGUUUUUUUAGACCCACACCCAACCUGUACCUACCUGCUUUGUGAUCCCUAUGCAAGGUCACCUUACCUGCUCACACAGUGUUGCACCUUGAUGGCAUGCUGCAACCUUUUUACAUUGCGAAAACUAGAUUAAUUUGUUAUUCCCUAAAUGGCCACCCCAUUGCAGCAGGUCGGGUACCCCCUCAGAGUGGACAUCAAGUAGAUUCCAACCAGGUCCGGACCAUUUUUGGUGGUAUCCUACAAGAACCUGUGGGUACCCUACCCAAUGCAGGACUCGACUUAGCACUACCUAGUGUUUCAGUGUUCUGUCAAAAAGGGGUCUGCGACCCCCUGCCUGUGCCUAUACUAUCAGCUGUCAUGGAGAGAAUCAUUUACUUCCCAGGUGAAAAAAAUCAGCAAUAACCAAGAGUUUUAAUUGCACUUCAUAUGAAGAUGAACAAUCUCUUUCAAGGACCCCCAGUAAUAUGGGUUUUUUCUCGCUUUUGCUUCAGAACAAAUUAAAUAGCCAUUUUCAUUUCUGUUAUUAAAAAAAAUGUUAUAGAUAAUAGUCAAUGUUCUCAACUGAUUUCAAGUGCAAAAUGUUCUCAUUGGAAAAGUAUUUUUUUACCAGUGUUUUGCCACUGUAUUUUGCUGUGGUGCCCACAGAUAUGUGUUAACUUGAUCAAAAUGGUGCUCAACAACAGUCUAUUAAAUUGUCUUUUUAGGAUGGAUGUUACAAACUGUAAUACGUGUAUCAGUAAAUUCAAACAGAUUUUGUAGUGUCGUAAUAACUGCAUUCUGAGUCCGACGUGAAUAAAGUUCAACUGAAUAUA